UUUGACAGAUGAUAGUUUUAUAUGAGGAAAGUAAAUAACAUGGUUCAGCAAGAAAAAAAAGCAAAGAGAAAAACAGUUUAAAUCAAACAAAUUGAACUUGAUGCAAUAUAUAUUUUCAAGAGCUGAUUGGCUAAUAAAAUUGGAACGGAAAGUUAAACUAAGGAGGAGAACCAUCACCAAUCAAGGAAUUUUUACUUUCCUUUAUAUAUUCCACGCUAUGCCUAUAAUCUAGGAUUGCUAGGCUUUAAACGAAGAUGGUAGAAAGGAUCUAACCACAAGAAGAAAACUGGAAUCAACUUUAUGAAUCAGGAUGAUUGCAAUGGACUGACUGUUAAUCAAAAUCUAUUCGAGAUUAGCCCUAUUAAAAUGAUUAAUGAUGGAAUUAGAAAGUUACAUCUGCAGAGAAACUUGUGCAUAUUGUGCAUAUGAAAUAUCACUCGAGGAAGAUUCUCUGAAAAGAGCGUUGCUGUCGAUAAAAUGGUGGAAACUAUUUACACCAGAUCAGUGUUCCGGCAUCAACAAAUUUGUUGCAAAUUUUUCAAUCCCCCUUUUAUCUUUCAAGGUAAUCUCAUCAAACAAUCCUUAUAAGAUGAACCUGAAACUGGUAUCUGCUGAUUUCCUUCAAAAGUUUCUUGCUCUCAUCAUACUGGCUGCAAUAGCCAAAAUAAGAUCCAGAGGGAGCCUGAGUUGGGUGAUAACGGGUCUCUCCUUGUCGACAUUGCCUAAUACAUUGAUAUUAGGACUCCCACUGAUAGAGGCUAUGUAUGGGAAAGAAGCAUCAACCCUCCUGGCCCAGAUAGUUGUAUUACAAAGCCUUAUUUGGUACAACCUUCUGUUAGUUCUUUUUGAGAUUAAUGCUACAGAGGAAUCCAUCAAUGCAACAUCAUCUUCAGAAGUAACAGGAGCAGUGGAGAGCCCGCAAAGAGCAGAAGCAAUGAAUGUAGACGAGAAAGAUGAAGGAAUCAAAGAUCUGAGGAAAAGAAACAUAAAAAUUAUUAUCUCAACAGUAGGAAAGAAGCUCAUCAGAAAUCCCAAUACAUAUGCCACCUUUGUUGGCAUUAUAUGGGCAUGCAUACAUUUCAGGUGGGAAGUAAAAUUGCCUAAAAUAAUUGAAAAUUCAGUUACACUAUUGUCAGAUGGAGGACUUGGAAUGGCUAUGUUCAGCUUAGGCCUAUUCAUGGCUUCACAACCCAGAGUGAUUGCCUGUGGUACCAGAAAAGCAGUAUUAGCCAUGGCGAUGAAGUUUCUAGUAGGCCCAUUGCUCAUGUCCGUGCCCUCAUUAGCACUUGGAUUAAGAGGAACAUUACUUAAAGUUGCAAUUGUGCAGGCCGCUCUCCCUCAGGGGAUAGUUCCGUUUGUGUUUGCAAAGGAGUAUAAUCUACAUCCAGCUAUACUAAGCACCGGGGUUAUAUUUGGCUUGCUCAUCGCUGUUCCAAUUGGAUUAGCAUACUACUUCCUGCUGGAUUUAUAAAGAAAGGUAUUGCUGGCAACUAGGGAGAAUUAUUUCAAAUGCAUUUGGAACAAAUCUAUAGUUGAGUGUCAUUUAUUUGUAGCUAUAUUUGGUUGAUCAAUGCAGAAUAGGUUUUAGGUUGAUUAGCAGCAAACAUAUAUGUAAAAAACACUAAAUAAAGAACUGAUUGUAGAACAAAAUCAGAGACUCGAGGAAAAGAAAUAUGUUCAUGAACAUCAUUUUAUUCAUUCAUCAAAAUGUCAUUUAACA